UGUUAAUUUGGCAAUAUGGAUUUGAGGAUAGAAAUAGAGAAUGGAAGCGUUGGCCGUGCUUCCGAAGCGAAGGACGGGGAUUCACAGAAUAAAUUGAAGAGUCCUGGGAGCUUGAGUACCAAGGACAUGUUCUUGAGAGCUGAUAAAAUUGACCUCAAGAGCUUAGAUAUUCAGCUGGAGAAAACACUUUCUAGGGUGUGGAUCAAGGACAAGAGUGGUCCUCUAAAGCCCAAAGAAGAAUGGGAAGUCGAUGUAUCCAAACUGGAUAUGAGGUAUGUUAUUGCUAAAGGGACCUAUGGUACCGUGUAUCGUGGCACUUAUGAUGGCCAAGAUGUUGCAGUGAAGUUGUUGAACUGGGGAGAAGAUGGGUUCACAACUGAUGCUGAAGCUGCUGCUCUCCGAACAUCAUUUCAGCAGGAGGUUGCUGUUUGGCAUAACCUUAACCAUCCAAAUGUUACCAAGUUCAUUGGGGCUUCAAUAGGUACCUCAGAUCUUAGGAUUCCACAAAAGAAUGCUACCAGCAAUGACCACAGUUCCCUUCCAGCUCGAGCGUGUUGCGUUGUUGUGGAGUAUCUUGCUGGGGGAACAUUGAAACAAUAUUUAAUAAAAAAUAGGAGAAAGAAACUUGCCUAUAAAAUUGUUAUUCAGCUUGCAUUGGACCUUGCUAGAGGAUUGAGCUAUUUACAUUCAAAGAAGAUUGUGCAUCGUGAUGUCAAGACCGAAAAUAUGUUAUUGGAUACCCAGCGAAAUCUUAAAAUUGCUGAUUUUGGUGUCGCUCGUGUCGAGGCUCAGAAUCCCAAGGAUAUGACCGGUGAAACGGGUACCCUUGGGUAUAUGGCUCCAGAGGUUCUUGAAGGUAAACCAUACAACCGUAAAUGUGAUGUCUACAGCUUCGGCAUAUGUUUGUGGGAGAUCUACUGCUGUGACAUGCCAUACCCUGACCUCAGCUUUGUUGAAGUAUCCUCUGCUGUUGUUCGACAGAAUUUACGACCAGAAAUCCCUCGAUGCUGUCCUAGCUCUUUAGCAAAUAUUAUGCGGAAAUGCUGGGAUGCAAAUCCUGAUAAACGACCAGAAAUGGAUGAAGUUGUGAAGCUCUUAGAGGCAACUGACACCAGUAAAGGAGGUGGGAUGAUACCCGAAGAUCAGGUGGGUGGAUGCUUCUGCUUUAAUCCAGCUCGUGGUCCAUAGCGUCCUUAUUUGUAACACUUGUGCGAGGAGCUUCCAUUAUGGUUCAGAUUUGGAAGUUAUUGACCACGAGACUCCUAUUUUUGAGUUGAGAGAUUGAAAAAGUGUGACAUAUUCAUAUUAAAUGGAACAUUUUAACUUUGAAGUUAUUGCUGUGCUUCAAAAUUGACAUUGCUUAACAUGGUUGGCUGUGAUCUUAUUGCCACUAAUGUCUGUAAAGCACACCUGAGAAACAUAUCAUACAUUAUUAAAUUGUAUUUCCUAAAUCCUCAAAGUCUGAUCA